UUAGAAUUUUAGUGCAUAUUUCAUGUUAAUAGUUCAUAUUAAUUUAUUAAUAUAUUCACUAUGAUCUCUUUGUUAGUUGUUUGGGGCUAGCUGCAGUAGAACGGAGGAGUUUUACGACACCAACUUGCAGUGGAAAAAAGGAAUGGCCAGAGAGUCUGGACAGCGGAGAAAAGACAGGAAUUUUGUGAGGUUAAAGGAAAAGACACAGACAAAGUAGUAGUAGGGGGAGGUGUGUGUGUGUGUGUAUGAGGGGGAAGAAAAACUAAUGUCUGUUUCCCCUCACGGGUCUACAUGGAGGUUCCUUACACAUUCCUUACAGGCUGGGAGGGCGUGACAAAUUAACAUAAAAAGAGCCUCAUCGGCCAAUAGGAUCCUGGAAAGGAAAUGUCAGGAUUGAGGCAGAACUGGGAUGGUGUCAGGUUACAUUCUGCCCUCCCUCCUCAAGCCUGAGAGCAAGGGAGGGAGUGAAGGAAGGAGGGAAAAAGAGAGCAAAGGACAGACAGAAAGAGGGGGAAAGAGAGAACUAUAUGGGACAGUCUCAUUCUUGGCCUCUGAGAUCACGGAAUAGGACGAUGUGCUACAGUCUGCCCUGACUUUUUUUUUUUAACUCAACAUACAACAAAAGGAAAGUUUGGAUUGGAGGUUCAAAGGACUUUUUUUCCGUGGGCUAAAUCUCAGGACUGUUAGACGGUGCCUGAAGUCCCAGCGACUCACACAGCGGGACUGAAAAUGAAUUAUCUGAACGUGUUGGCCAAGGCUCUGUAUGACAAUGUGGCGGAGUCUCCAGACGAGCUCUCCUUUCGGAAAGGUGACAUUAUGACAGUGCUGGAGCGGGACACACAAGGCCUUGACGGCUGGUGGCUCUGCUCACUGCAUGGGCGCCAGGGCAUUGUACCAGGUAACCGACUCAAGAUCCUGGUGGGCAUGUAUGACAAGCAGCAGUCUUCCAGCUCCCCAAUAUGCUCAACUCAGAGCCACCUCAGCAUUCCACCUAGUGCCUACACCAAGCCUUCGCCCGCUGCCCAGUACACAGCCAUGCACCCAGCCUGUACUAGCCCUCCCAGCCUGUAUCAAGUGCCCACUGGGCCCCAGACUCCACAAACCCAGCCCAAAGCUCCACCCCUCACACAGAAACAAGGUGCUGGUAAAUAUCACCCAGCUGGGCAGGAGAUCUACCAGGUGCCACCCUCCAUGGGCACACCAGGCCAAGACAUCUACCAGGUACCACCCACAAGUGGAGGACAGGAUAUAUACCAGGUGCCCCCCUCUUUGAACCAGAAACAAGAGGUCUACCAGAUUCCCCCCUCCAUGGAGAAGAGAGGCUGGGACACCCCCAAGACCUUGGGAAAGGUGGUGGUGCCCACACGGGUUGGCCAAAUGUAUGUGUAUGACACGGGGAACACAGAACAAGAUGAGUAUGAUGUCCCCCGACACCUGCCUACCUCCCAGGACAUCUAUGACGUUCCACCUACCCGUGGCCAAUAUAUCCAGCAGGUAUAUGACACUCCUCCCAUGGUAAUGAAAGGACCAACCAGCAGAGAUGUACAGGGAAUCUAUGACACCCCCCCAAGUGUGGACAAGAUCCAGCUGCUCUCCCAGCAAAUGGUGUAUGACUUCCCCCCAUCUGUGAGUAAGGACGUUCCAGACGCACUCAUCAAGGAGGAGACCUAUGACGUCCCACCUCAUUUUGCCAAAAUUAAGAGUCUAAGCCCAAAUGCAGCCAAUCCUGAACCACCGAUACCCGAAGAUGUGUAUGAUGUUCCACCCCCUCAGCUAGCCGGCAAACCACAGGCUGAGGCGCAGGAAAUCUAUGACAUCCCCAGCAGCCUACAUCAGGGUGACGUCUACGACUUCCCACGUGAGCGCCCACCAGUUGCUGAGGAAUCAGGUGACUAUGUCUAUGAUGUCCCACCACAGGUGGUACGUGAUGCAGCGGGUGCUACCACAGAGGAACUGACAGUGAGCUUCAAGCGCCUAUCUGCUUCCAGCACAGGAAGCACACGCAGUAACUUGUCCACGUCAUCCCUGGACACAGUGCCAGUGAGGGACAGUACAGUGCCAACCCGCCUGCUUUCCCUAGACCUUGAGCAGGCCAUGGAGCGGCUCUCACGCCUGCAGCAGGCCGUGGAUACCUCAGCUUCAAUGCUCAUGUCCUUUGUCAGUGGUGAUUGGAGGAGCCCUGCCCAGAUGGAUGCCAAUUUGCCCUCCAUUCGACGGGCAUCUGAAUGCUUACGAGCAUCAGUCAGGGAGCUACUGGAGUUUUCUCGCGGUGCUGUGGCCAAUGCUGCCCAGGCCACUGAUCGUACACUACAGGCCAAGCUCAGCAAGCAGGUGCAGAAGAUGGACGAGGCCUUCCAAGGUCUGCUCAAGCACAGUCAGGCGCUGGAUGCCCUGGGUUGGGCUCCUGCUGCUCUCCCAGCACCGGCUGCCAACAGUGGUGGGGACGACCUGGACCGGCUGGUCAUGUGUGCUCGUGCUGUGCCCGAUGACACCAAGCAGCUAGCAUCCUUCCUGCAUGGCAAUGCGACCUUGCUCUUUAGACGGACAAACAGGCAGCAGCAGCAGACCUCAGACGUGUUGGGCCAGCUGAGCAGCAACAGCUCUAAUGUCUCAGCUUAUCAGACAGGCACACCCGACAGGACCAACAUCCAGUCACGUCCCCUGCCCUCGCCACCCAAGUUCACAGCCGAAGAGGAAGCUCCUGAGCGGCCUUAUGAAACCACGGAGGAAGGCUGGAUGGAGGACUAUGACUAUGUACAUUUACAGGGUAAGGAGGAGUUUGAGAAGAACCAGCGACAGCUGCUGGAGAAAGGCAACAUCACCAGACACAAUAAGACCCAGCUAGAGCAGCAGCAGCUCAAACAGUUUGAGAGGCUAGAGCAGGAAGUCAGCCGGCCAAUCAACAAUGACAUUUCGGGCUGGACCCCGCCCCCACACUACCCACCGCCGUCGCGCAGCAAGCUGUGUGCAGGUGACCGGCAACUGCUCCUAUUCUACUCGGAGCAGUGUGAGGCCAACAUCACCACGCUGACCAAUGCCAUCGAUGCUUUCUACUCAUCCAUCAACAACAAUCAGCCGCCCAAGAUCUUUGUCGCCCACAGCAAGUUCGUCAUCCUCAGUGCCCAUAAGCUGGUCUUCAUUGGAGAUACAGUCUCACGCCAGGCCAAGUCCCCUGAGGUGCGGAGCAGGGUGGCACAGCACAGCAACGCGCUCUGUGAAAAGCUGAAAGACAUUGUAGUUAGCACCAAAACUGCAGCCCUACAGUACCCAUCUCCAGGGGCAGCACGGGACAUGACCGAGAGGGUCCGCGAGCUGUCUGGCUGUACCCAGCAAUUCCGCAUGGCCCUCAAUCACCUACUGUCCAUGUGAAAACAAACAUGGGAGCGUAUAGAAACACUGAGAUCACACAUGCAUGGAGUCCCACUUACUCGUUCCAUAUCCAUGCUUUGUGCUUUUUAUUCACCCCUCCCCUAAAAAAAGACUAUAAACACUAUCAGUGAAUAGUGCUAUGGGUUGUAAAUGAAUUUAUGUAAAUAUAUAAGUUUCUGUAAGAAGAUGGGGAAGUAGUGGGUCAACAAGAAAGGAUGAACUGUAUCUUUUUUGAACAAGAGAGGAGAAAAAAAACAACUGAAAAGUAGUUUUUAGUCAUUAUUCACUAUUAUUAUUGUUAUAAUGUAAUUAUUGCCCUGAUUAUAAUAAUUGUUAUCAUUCUUAUUAUUACUGAUGAGAUAUUAAGGGUGUCUAGAAUUUUAAAUGUGUAUGUAGAAGUACUUAAUGCCAUUUUUCAUCAGUGAGGAGGAUUUUUAAUAAAUUUGUAUGUUAGCAUGAGGGAAGUGAUGGCAGCAGACAUGCAGUGCUUUGUAUUUUUAAUCAACAGGGCUGAUUCAGGGUGGGAGCAAAGCAUUCUAGUGAGCUGUCUGGUAGACUGUACACAUAGACUGCGUAAAUGAGGGAAAGGUAAUUCAAUUCACUUUAUCUGCUACAAUAUUCCAAUGAAACAGAGUCAAAAGAUUGGAUUUGGAAUACACUGCUUAUAAAACAUGUGAGAAAAGAGUAGAUCUUUUUAACUUUUAAGCAGUUUCAUUCCCAGCAUACUUGUUAUUCCUUUCAGUAUGCUUGCUCACCUUUCUCCCACUCCAGUCGUAGUGUGCAUUUUUUUUAACAAAUCUCUAUGACUUGCUGUGCACUGUUCCAGAUUUUUCCUAUGUUCUAGAUAAGGCUUCGUAUCUAGCAGCAUGCCAAAGCCGUUCUCCAUUGCAGUGCUAUACCCUGCUGGACAGGGUCAUAUUAGCCAAAGGGUUCUGUUUAAUAACUGAAAAAGAUUUUUCGUUUUGGCACAUUCCUGACCGUUAAUGACUGUUAAUCAUGAUGGCAGGUCUGUUCCUAUGAGUAGGCUCUUUUUCUUUUAAUAGCGCUAUAAAAAUGUUUAACCACCUCAUAGUUAAACACGCCUAGUGUAUUAAAAUAGUACAUUUUAUCGAACCCCUAAAGAUCAGCUAAGAAUUAGGCUCGUUCACUAUACUGUAAUGUGGCAACUGCUAUGUUGUGUUUUCACUCACCUUUUGCAAAAAGUUUGUCACUGGAGGGCAAUGUUGAGAAAAAAAUCCAUCUGCCUCAAAUGUUUUCUUGGCUUUUUAACACCCUAUUGGUUGUAUUUUGAAUAUCAGAAUCUGUCAGCAGAAAUAAGUUGGUGAACGUGGUUUUACCUUUAAGUACUACAUGUUGUGCAUAUAGACAGAAUCCCUAUCCAGUUUGAAAAAAAGGAGCACAGUGAAAAUAAAUAUUGACUUGGUAUUUGUUGUAAUGUAAUUUCAUCCUCAGAUCUGUGUUUAAGGGUUUGGAAUAUCUUUGCGAUGUUAAAAACAUACUGUAAAUUGCAUAACUGGAAAAUAUAUGUUUAAUAUAUUUUCAUUAAAAAAAUUGAUCAAGCCAA